ACCGACGGCAGCAGUUCUUCGCCGACACGUCUCCGGCGCUGUCUGCAAGCUACGCAUCUCGUCUGCAGCAGUCUUGUUUGAUUUUUAUCAGUUCACUAACACAUUGUUUUAGUACGACAUAUAUUUUGUAAUUCGCCUAUCCGCCAAUUCCACUGUAUUAUAUUAUAACACCGGACGUCGGGGCUGCAGGUCUCUGCACGUUGACGAGCUGACCCCAUAUUGUCGCUCUGACGGCCAGAUCGCCGACUGACCGCCACAAUUUACGUUGUAUUAUAACUUACACUCAGACUAGGUGAAUAUAUAAUUUUACAUUUAUAUCGAAUCGCCCGUGCCCGUACGAUAUCCCGCCGACGACGCGGACGUCGCAGCGGCGGCAAUCACCACGACGAGCCGACGACAUGAGAUGCAGUUGGCCGCCAGACGGAUCCGAUGGAUGUGUUUGUUGUGCGCGUGCGCGCUGGCCGAUCAACGCGUCAACACCGCGAACAACGACACUGCACAAACAGGGUUGGGAGAACAGUGUUUCCAAGACGACACGUGUCAGUUGCACGACAAGCACGCGGUGUGCGCACAGGUGGACCACAACGCAAUAUGCAAGUGCAAACAGGGCUACCAUAUCGUUACCGUUUCCAGGCCUACCAACGCCAGGAGCAGUUUUUGCGCCCAAGACGAUUCGGACGGCAAAGCUGGCGGUUCGUCGCUGCUCGGCGUCGUGGUCGGCCUGCUAGUGUUCUCGGCGCUCAUCUGUUUCGGGCUGCGCCUGUCCACGGCCUCCAGACCCCGGCAUUUCCCGACCACCAACUUAUAUCCGAACAAGCUGCUGUGCUCACGUCAAACUAAGGCGUCUUCGAGCAAACAUUACGGCACGUCAGAUUCUGGGGCGGCCAACGGCCAACAAGAAGACGAGAGCAGUGCCGGUCAGUCGGAGGCUAAAGACGAUGAGACCAGCAGGGUAGGAGCUGCCAGGGCAGCUGCUUUCAUAUUGAUCUCUUGUCGGCCGUCCACGUCGGAGUCACCAACGGCCUCCCCCGGCAGGGCAAAAAGGGCGAAAAAAUUGGGUUACGGCCGCACCGGCAGCGAUCCAGCUGUGCACAGCACAUCUUCAGUGAAAACAUACAACUUGAAAUGGUAUCAAAGGGACCAGCAGAGAAGGCAUUCGACAAAGAACAGAGAAGCAAAAGGCACUCCACCUAGUCAUUGUUCGACCGAACAACUAAUACAAAAUAGUUCUAAAGACGAGUGCUCCAGAAACAGUCAGACUGCGUUGAACUCUAAGGAUAAGUCGAAAGCAUCGUCGGUGAGCCGCAUAGAACACAGAGCGCUGGUCCAUCAUUCGGCUGCGGCGAUUAGCGGUGGCAGUAGCGGAAAUAUCCCGGAACCCACGGCCACGGUCGAGUCAUCGGAACAGCUGCUACAACGUCCGGAAGGAAUUAACGCACAGGGGACACGAUGAAACGUAUAGGCAGCGCGUGCGAGUAUGAUAAGAAAUGUUUAUGAAACGAUAAUGUAAUAAUAUUACUAUCGUGCUAUAUAUAAUAUACUAUAUUGUGUAAUUCAAUGAUCUAAAUACGCGUAUCAUGGUCAACCGAUGUAAAUUAUCUAUUAUAAUAAUGUAAUAAUAUGUCUUGCUCGUGGGGCGACCGUAAGUCAGUCAAUGCGGCGUCACUUGUCGUAACAGUCGGGGGAGGGGUAGGAUUAUGAGAUCGCGAUCAUAAAUUUUUUCAUAGCCGAUAUAGAUACAGAUAAUAAAUUUGGUCGAAAGGUCCUAUUCGAUUAUGCCAUGCCAGAGUGCCCCCUGAAAACAAUUAAUUUAAACAUUACAACGCGCACAUAUAUAUUACAACGAAUAUAAUUAUUGUAUAAGUACCUCAGCUAUAAUACGCAUGCUCGCAAUGUUGUACCCACGUUUAAUCAUUAAAAAAAUGUAAAUUCCAUCGUGACGUUCAGAUCGGUGGUAAAAAAGUGGCGCAAGGGUCGUAUUUAUAUUUUAUAUACAUAUACGAUGUACCUAUAUCGACUUCGCGUGAACAUUUUUUAUCGUCUCUCGUCAAACGUCACUCGAUAGCGGCACUGUACACCUUUUAACCUUUAUGAAGGAUUCGAAAAUUUUAAUUGAAUUACGUUUAAAUACCAAUUCAUAUGUUCCAAAUACUUCGUGUAUGUUGUAGAUGUACGUGGGCCCAAAGACAUGACGCAUUUUGCAGAGCACAGAGAGGUUAUGCAACGAAUAAUGAGAUGCACUUGCUUGUAUGUGUGUGUCCUUGAGAGGGGGGUGGGGGUGUUGGCACGCGUGUGUUACCCAUUUGAAUAAUCUCCUGCGGCAACCACGAUGGCCUCGCCGGGUCGUUUACUCAAAUUUUUCAAAAUUCAUACUUCCACGAUAUUCCUCACACGGGGAACAAUAUUUUUAUAUAAUUUCUAGAUAAGUGUUUUAUACAAGUUAACAAUAUAUUUGAACGUAUGGUAUGAUAUAUUUCAAACAUACUAUGUAGCUGAUAUUAAUAAUUUAUAAUAAUGAUAAAAUAUAAUAAUGAUUAUUGUUACCUACAUACCUACCUAACUACCUAGUACCUACCUAUAUAUAUUAUAUUAUAAUACAUACGCGUAACGUGUGCGUGUCUGUGUUGCCGUUGAGACUAUUCAUUAAAUUUAUUAAUCUAUGAAUGUAUUAAUAUUAUUAUUAUGUUAUAUUAUUACCUGUAUACUAUACCUAUAUAAUAUUAUUUAUUAUUUAUGGUAAAUAAGACAUAUAAAAAGUAUUAUAACGAAAUAAUUUAGCGUGAAAUAAAACGUGUGCGCAUAAACUAUAAAUAGGAAUUCUAGGAAAAUUAUAUGGGAAUAUAUUAUACUAGUAUAAUUGGUGAAUAAUAAUAUAGAAUUUCAUUUUACAAUAUUGAAAAACAGCCAAAGUGGCAAUGUUGAACGUUUUUUUAAAAACUAUCGUAAUAUAUAUUAAUUUAUA